ACACCUUCAGUCUCAAAAAGAUUAAGCCUUUUGGGUAAUGACGCGAGCAUUUUUUUUGCAGCGUUGGAUUUCCUUUUUAUAAAGAAUUAUGACACUGAGCCGUGGCCCGUACAGCGAGCUCGAUAAAAUGAGCCUAUUUCAGGAUCUAAAACUGAAACGACGUAAAAUCGAUUCAAGAUGCAGCAGUGAUGGAGAGUCCGUAGCCGAUACAUCAACAUCAUCGCCCGAUUUAUUAGCACCAAUGUCGCCUAAAAUGUGCGAUAGCGGCGCAGCUUCUGCGCUGCCAAUAGUUACACUAACAGCUACAUCGUCCAUCGCCAGUGCAUCGGCAUGUUCAAGUAGCUCGGCAACAACAUGCACUAAUACACUACCACCAACAACUGGUGUUGCAGCAGCCGUUGUAAUGGCAUCCAACAAAUCAACAACCAAUGCUGCCAGCUUAAUUAAGAUUGAACAGCAGCAACUACAACAACAACAACAGACUGAAAUACACUCGUCAUGCGGCACUGUGUCAGCAGCAGCUGCAUCAUCUGUGAUGUCACCACCACCGCCAACUGUCCGAAUGUCACCAGCACCUGAUAUUAGUGGUAAUGGUACUACUGGUACAAGCAUUAUGGAACGACUAACACCAAGUGGUUUACAUGCACGUGCGACGCCUACACCACCGCAUAAUAAUGGUACGGCAAGCAGCAGUUCAACAAGUAAUGGCAGUGGUAGUAGUCGUGCAUCACCCGAUUCUCUUGACGAGAAACCCUCAACUACCACAAGUUCUCAUAUGCCAACAAAUGGAUUGCAUAGUAGUAUCGGUAGUAGUGGUGGUGGUGAAUGCAGUGUCACCAAUUUAAGUGUAAUACGUUCUGUGAAAGAGGAACGCAUUUUGGGUUCUCCUACAAAAAUGCUCUCUUAUCACCAGCAGCAACAACAGCAGCAACAGCAACAACAGCAACAACAACAGCAGCAACAACAGCAGCAGUCCAAAGGUCCUACGCAGUCGCAACAGCAUGUUACUGUGCUAGUGACUCCAUCUCGUAUCAAGUCUGAACCAUUACAACAGCAGCAGUCCUCAUAUGGUACUACAGCAACUUCAUCUGCGUCUAGCACGCAUCAUACAAGUUCUUCUUCACCACAACCAACAGCACCACAUCACCAGCCACCACCUCCAAUUGUGCAAACGCAUCAUUUACACCAACAACUAACGCAGCCGCAACUUCGCAAAAGUAGUCCACCAAGCGGUGUUCAACUGCCACAACAACAUUUGCUUAGUCAUUCAAUGCAACAUCUUACACAGCAACAACAAAUACAACUGCUGCAGCAGGCAGCCGCUAUGUCUCGCUCAACGCAAAUGUCACCAAACGCCAUGUCACCAUCAUCACGACAUUCGUCACAGUCAUCGCAAUCGCCGCAACAUCACAUGCUGCAGCAACAACAGCAAUCACAGCAACAUGUGCCCAUCAAAAAGGAAACUGCAUCAUCACAAAUGAUGAAUCAUGGUGGUUCUUUGGUUGGGAAUGGUGGUAACACGCAGCGACAUCAUUCACCACGUCAUCCGCAUCAUCAACAGCAACAGCCACCUCCUCCGCCUCAGUUGCCACCACAAGCUCUUGGCAAUAUGGCACAAGCACUUAUGCAUCCUGCUUCAUUACAAUCACUGCGCCAUCCAAAUCGAGAUGCUGCUAUGCUUUUUCGUGUCAAAAACGAAGUACAGCAACAAGUUGCAGCUGCUGCCGCUUCGGGUCUACCGCAACUUAUGCAACCCGGUGCUGCUGCGGCAGCUGCAGCGGCUGCUCAACGUAUGGUCUGGGUCUCAAAUGCACGAAUAAAUGGUGUUAAACCAGAAGUAAUUGGUGGACCUUUAGGAAAUUUAAGACCUGGCGGACCUUGCCAAUCACCAUCACCGCAUCAUUCAUCGUCCUCCUCUUCAUCGCAACUUUCACCACAAACUCCUUCGCAAACACCACCUCGAGGCACUCCAACGGUUAUUAUGGGUGAAAGUUGUGGUGUGCGUACAAUGGUGUGGGGAUACGAACCACCACCACAAUCAGCUGGACCAUCACCAAAUCAGUCAGGCCCUCAUCAAUCACCAAAUGCACAACAACAACAUCAGCAACAUAGUGCGAAUUCUUUACAUUCGCAAUCACAUCAUUCAUCUCAGUCGUCUUUGCAAUCUGCGUCCUCUCCAUCUACAGGAUCUUUAACUCCAACACAUACACCUGGUCCUUCUCCACAAAACAAUGAAGAAGCUGCACAGCUAUUAUUGUCAUUGGGUCAAACGCGUAUACAAGAUGUACGACCUCGACCACAUCAAUUUCGAACACCACAUGCACUCAAUAUGGAACGGCUUUGGGCAGGGGACUAUUCUCAGUUACCGCCAGGGCAGUUACAUGCACUUAAUUUAAGUGCGCAACAGCAAUGGGGAAAUUCGAAUUCAACUGGUCUUACUCGACCAAUCGAUGCUCCUCAUGAACCCACAGAAGAGGACGAACAGCCACUGGUUUGCAUGAUUUGUGAAGACAAGGCUACUGGACUACAUUAUGGGAUUAUAACGUGUGAAGGUUGCAAAGGCUUCUUCAAACGCACCGUACAAAAUCGUCGCGUUUAUACCUGCGUUGCAGAUGGCACAUGUGAAAUUACCAAAGCUCAGCGUAACCGUUGUCAGUAUUGUCGGUUCAAGAAAUGCAUCGAACAAGGCAUGGUGCUGCAAGCUGUCCGCGAAGAUCGCAUGCCUGGUGGGCGUAAUAGUGGCGCAGUUUAUAAUUUAUACAAGGUCAAAUACAAAAAACACAAAAAAUCCGCCCAGAAACAACAAUUACAGCAACAACAACAGCAGCAACUUUUACAUUCACCGCAUCAGCAACAGCAUCCGCAUCAUCAAUCACAGUUAUCUCCACAUCAGCAUCUGCUGUCACCACAACAGCAUUUACAUCAACAGCAAUUGGCUGCAGCCGCAGCUGUUGCCGCUGCAGCGCAGCAUCAACAAUCGAAAUUGCUAAGCGCACAAGCUGGACUUAAUGCUGCGCUUGGACAAAAUGAACUGAAACCAAUGUUUUUAGGACCUGCAAUGAAGCAAGAGCACUUACUUCUGAAGCAAGAGCACUUACACUCACAGCAACAACAACUACAUUCGCCUCACCAUCAACAACUACAGCAACAACAAUUGCAUUCGCCUCAUCAUAGUCUCCACGGCUCACCGCAUACAAGUCAGCAUACCGGCUCUGGUCCAUUACAUAGUCCUUCGACACAUUUGCAUAAUCAACCACCAACUUCGGCAGCUUCUUCACAACAUCAUACGCAACACCAUCAUCAUCAUCAACAAUCACAGCAGCAGCAGCAGCAGCAACAACAGCAACAGCAACAUUCUCAAUCGCAAACUCAAGAGACUGCGAUUAAAUUACCCUCGCAUUUGGUUAACGGUACAAUACUUAAGACUGCCCUCACAAAUCCCAGCGAAAUAGUGCAUUUACGACAUCGGCUAGACUCGGCCGUCAGUUCAUCAAAAGAUCGUCAAAUCUCUUAUGAGCAUGCACUUUCCAUGAUACAGACGCUGAUCGAUUGCGAUGCCAUGGAGGAUAUUGCAACAUUGCCACACUUUUCCGAAUUCCUCGAGGAUAAAUCGGAAAUAAGUGAGAAAUUAUGUAAUAUUGGGGAUUCCAUUGUACACAAACUGGUGUCAUGGACUAAAAAACUACCAUUUUACUUAGAAAUACCCGUUGAAAUACAUACGAAACUUUUGACUGAUAAAUGGCAUGAGAUACUCAUACUUACAACUGCAGCAUAUCAAGCGUUACAUGGAAAAAAGGCAAUCGGUAGUGGGAACACUAAUAUAUCCAUUGCCACAUCCACAACAACAACAACACGCUUACAAUCGCCAAGCAGAGCAAAUUCACCUACAUCUAAUCAUCACCAGCACAAUCAUCACUCCGGAGACACUUCACCUCACCAUCACAUGGGAGGACAACACCAUACUUCACACUUGCAAAAGGAUGAUCCCGAGUUUGUUGCUGAAGUCAAUGCGCAUCUUAAUACCUUGCAAACUUGCCUAACCACACUCAUGGGUCAACCGAUUGCAAUGGAGCAAUUAAAAUUAGACGUUGGUCAUAUGGUGGAUAAAAUGACACAAAUAACGAUUAUGUUUCGUCGCAUUAAACUCAAAAUGGAAGAAUAUGUUUGUCUCAAGGUUUACAUUUUAUUGAAUAAAGCAGAAGUGGAACUGGAAAGUAUACAGGAACGUUAUGUGCAGGUUUUGCGCACAUAUCUACAGCAUUCGUCACCACAAAACCCACAAGCACGAUUGAGUGAACUAUUGUCACAUAUACCGGAAAUACAAGCAGCUGCUAGUCUUUUGCUCGAAAGUAAAAUGUUUUACGUUCCCUUCGUUCUUAACUCUGCCAGCAUAAGGUAGCAAAUGCUUCAGCGUGGUCUACUACCGAUCGAUGAUGAUCCGCCUAAAGAGUUAACCAGAUUACAUAUACAACAACAACAACAACAACAAGUACAGCAAAUACAUGCCAGUAAAGCACGGAAAAAGAUGGUAGCAACAAUAGUUAAGAAAAAUGCAAUGCAAUAUGGUAAGCAAGGACGACAACAACAUCAGCAACAGCAACAAAAUAUUUUACCACAAUUGGAGCUACCAAAAAUAAAGAUUGAGAAGGAGUAUGAAAUGCAAAUGCCAGUAACCAUAGAAAAUGUAACAGAAAUACAAGAAAUAAAACAAACAAAUCAACAAAAGGAACAACAACAACGCCAAGAGCAACAAAUUGAAGAUAGAAUUCAAAUUAUGCCAGCAACUUCCAUAUUAAAAACAUCAUUACUUGCUGGUGCGGCGGCAACAUUAGCAACAUUAACAGCUGCUGCUGAGCAAAUAGGCAAAACCACAACAACAACAAUAAGCAAGAAUACAGAAAAUCUAACUAAAACUGCCACUAAUACAACUGCCAAUGUAUUUAAUCAACAUACUGCAAUAUGUAGUAGUUCAAUUGCAUCUUUUUCAACUGCCACAACAACAAAGUUGGAGAAUAAAAGACUUAAUCAACAACAAAAUAAUGUUGAUGGAACAAUUAAGCAAACAACAAGUACAAUAACAAUGCCGCAAUAUACAUCAAUCCUACAAACAGCAUUACUGUCACAAAGGCCAGGAGCUGCCACCACAGAACAACUGCAGCAACAAGAAGAGCAACAGCUGCAACAGCAUUCAAUGCAACAUGCAACAACACCUGCACAUAUACUAAAAACGGCUGUAACAUUGGCGAGCUUAAGUGAAAUAACAACAGCUCGACAGCAACAGAAGCAACAGCAACAACAACAGCAACAACAACAUCAAGAAGAACAACAACUUCUAACUCUGGCUCAAAACAAUCCCACUCAACAAACAACAACACUGCCAAUAUUUAAAAAAUUCAAUUAUACUGCACAAAAGCAAAAGCAACAACAAAUGCUUUUGCAACAACAGCAACAAAAGCUGGCUAUGUUGCAGCAACAGCAACAGCAACAACAACAACAAGAUAUAGUAAUUAUACCAAAAACCGAUACUGCCAAUUGUGGGACAACAGUAAAUGCAAAUAAUGCAACAACAAUGUCUUACACAAAACAAACAAUAAAUAAUUGUAUUAAUACAACAGACUUAACAUAUUUUAAACAAACAACAAUGAGUAGCAACAAUAGUAACAGCAACAGCAACAGCAACAGUAGCAGUAACAGUAACAGUAGCUACAAUUGUCAAGCUAUUGCAACGCAAACGAUAAAACUCUCAAAUACAAAACCGGUAACAGUAACAACGCAAACUCAAACGGACGAACUGCCUGAAAGACUUUUAACAACACCAACAGCAACAACAACAACAACAACAGUAGCAACAUUAUCGUCAACAGCAAAUGUAGCAACAUUAACAACAACAAUAUCAACAACCCCAUCACAUACACCAACACCCACCUCAUUAGCAACAAAUAAUUUACAUUUAACAGCUUCUGUUACUAAACAGGAGCUAACCCAACAAGAGCACAAGCAACUGCAACAACAACAACAACAACAACAACAACAACAAAGUCAUAUGUACACUCAUUCAUCACAGCCACAAUAUCAACAUAACUGCACACAACAUAAUAACAGUCUUCAAUCGCCACAACAUAAUGAUGAAGCGCCUGCUGCUGUUACUGUUGUUGUUUUUAAAACAAUGUUACCUGAUGACUGAAUUAUUUAAACAAAUAAUA